UAACCCCGCGUCCUAGCGAUAUAUGUGUUUGCCUCGGCGUGGAAUGAGCAGUGACUAGGUCCUCUCUCCUGAGCAAGGUAAGCCGCGGCCAGCGGGCAGCGGCAGAGUGCGGCCAUGGAGACGACGGCGAUGUGCAUCCGCUCGGCUGAGCCUACCGAAUCUGGGGCGGGCUUGUGUGAGAAAGGGGCACCUUUGUGCUCCCAUGAAGUGCCAAGUGGACUAGCAGCAUCCCUAGCAUCUCUCACGAUGGCUUUCCCUUCCCAGUUCUGCAUCCAGAACUCUGCCUUUCCCCGAAACGAAGAGGAGAAAAAUGACCAAGUUCCAGGAGGCGGUGACGUUCAUGGACGUGGCUGUGGUCUUCACGGAGGAGGAGCUGGGGCUGCUGGACUCCGUCCAGAGGAAGCUGUACCGGGAUGUGACCCUGGAGAACUUCCGGAACCUGGUUUUAGUGGGGCAUCAGUCCUGUAAACCUGAUAUGAUAGCCCAGUUGGAGAGAGAGGAAAAGCUUUGGAUGACGGAAAUCCAAACACUAAGAGGCGGACAUUCCACAGAGAGCUCUGCAGCGGGAGUCCCUCAAGGAGGCAGGUAUGAAAAUGAGCUGGAGAUUCUUCAUGAAGCAGGAGUAAGAUGCCUUUCAUUAGGAGAGCUUUCAUGCUGGCAAAUCAAGAGUCAUGUUGUGAGUAAAUUAACAAAAAGUCAAGAGUCCAUGAUACACGUUGAAGAAAAGAUGUUCUCCAAACCACCUAAUUCCCCCUGUCAGGUGGGAACAGGAAUAUUCAUGCAGGACAAUGUGGACGACAGCUGUGUAAUGACUCUUACAGAGAAUCAUUCUAGUAUUAAUGAAUAUCAAGGAUUUCCAACAAGGAGAGCUCAGAAUUCUUGGAAUAAAACAUAUCUGAACGAGACACAGAAUUAUCAGGGAAGUUGUAAGCAGAUACUAAUGAAAAACAAGUUCUGUGUAUUUGUUCCACAGGCUAACAUCUUCAGUUACAAUUCUUACCCCUCUGAUGAUGAUGCAGCACACAAGAGAGAUCACGCCCACAGUAAAGAAGAUUGUGGUGAGGACAUCGCAAAGGUGUCCCCUCUUGUCCAGUUCAGUGUAUUCCACACAGGACAGAAAACCUACCAGUGUAAUGAAUGUGAAAAAGCAUUCGGUGAUGGCUCCAGUCUUGAGGUCCAUCAGCAAGAACACUUGGAAAAGAAGUUCCUUUCACACAGUACACAUCAGGAUACCAGGUACAACUCAGCCAUUCCUGUUCAACAACAUGUUCACACAGGGAAAAAACGCUAUUGGUGUCAUGAGUGUGGGAAGGGUUUUAGUCAGAGCUCAAACCUGCAGACUCAUCAGAGAGUUCACACAGGGGAGAAACCGUAUUCGUGCCUAGAGUGUGGUAAGAGCUUUAAUCAGACCUCCCACCUUUAUGCUCACUUGCCUAUUCACACAGGGGAGAAACCUUAUAGAUGUGACAGUUGUGGGAAGGGCUUCAGUCGUAGCACAGAUCUGAACAUUCACUGCAGAGUUCACACUGGAGAGAAACCUUAUAAAUGUGAGAUCUGUGGAAAGGGCUUCACUCAGAGAUCACACCUUCAGGCCCACGAGAGAAUCCACACUGGAGAGAAACCCUAUAAAUGUGCAGAUUGUGGUAAACGCUUCAGUUGUAGUUCAAAUCUCCAUACCCAUCAGAGAGUGCACACUGAAGAGAAACCGUACAAAUGUGAGGAGUGUGGGAAGUGCUUCAGUUUGAGCUUUAAUCUCCAUAGUCAUCAACGAGUCCACACGGGAGAGAAACCAUAUAAAUGUGAAGAGUGUGGUAAAGGCUUUAGCUCAGCCUCGAGUUUCCAGAGCCAUCAGAGAGUUCACACAGGGGAGAAACCAUUUCGAUGCAAUGUGUGUGGUAAAGGCUUUAGUCAGAGUUCAUAUUUUCAAGCCCAUCAAAGAGUCCACACUGGAGAAAAACCCUACAAAUGUGAGGUGUGUGGGAAGCGCUUCAAUUGGAGCUUGAAUCUUCACAAUCAUCAGAGAGUCCACACAGGAGAGAAGCCAUAUAAGUGUGAAGAGUGUGGGAAAGGUUUCAGUCAGGCCUCAAAUCUUCAAGCUCAUCAGAGUGUCCACACUGGGGAGAAGCCAUUCAAAUGUGACGCGUGUCAGAAGCGAUUCAGUCAGAGUUCACAUCUUCAAGCCCAUCAGAGAGUCCACACUGGAGAGAAACCAUAUAAGUGUGACACCUGUGGUAAGGCCUUCAGCCAGAGGUCAAAUCUUCAAGUCCAUCAGAUCAUUCACACCGGGGAGAAACCAUUUAAAUGUGAGGAGUGUGGGAAAGAAUUCAGCUGGAGUGCUGGGCUCAGUGCUCAUCAGAGGGUCCACACAGGAGAGAAACCCUAUACGUGUCAACAGUGUGGGAAGGGCUUUAGUCAGGCAUCACAUUUUCACACACAUCAGAGGGUCCACACGGGGGAGAGACCUUACAUAUGUGAUGUAUGUUGCAAGGGCUUCAGCCAGAGAUCACAUCUUGUAUAUCAUCAGAGAAUCCACACUGGAGGGAAUCUAUAGAAGUGUGUGAGAUAGCCUUUGGUUAGAUGUCCCGUCUCUGUCCAUUAGAAGUUCUCUGCUGGUAGCUGUGGAAAGCUCCUUCAGAACCCAGAAGCUUCGAGGGAUUGUGCCAGAAAAGCAGCUUUAUGAAAUGUGUUUUAAGAACUCAGUUGGGAGAUGAUUCUUUGUAAAAAUCAGAUUUCACAUAUAAGAGAAAACUGGUUUUCUAAAUGUGGUAAGUGGUUAAAGCAGAGUUUUGAAUGUCCCAGUUCUAAAGAUGAACACAACAGAAUCUUGUAUUUUAUUAGAGUCUAUGGAGAAGAGAGGGCUUAUAAAUGAAGAUUAUAUACAGGAUUCUAACAAAAGUAUGAUGGACAGAUGAAACUGAUGUCACCUAAAACAUAAGCUCCACAUGCGUGGGGUGUUUUUCACCACUGUUUCUUACCUUGUAGAACUGUUUGGCAUGUACUAGAUGACCAGCAAUUACUGAACAAAGUGAAGAAAAUCACUAUAGUCAGAACAAAUAUGUGAAAAUCUAGCCAGUUCCCUAUUAUAAAUUCAUCAUAGCAUAUUCAAAAUGAAUAUUAUGCUGCCAUCCACAAUAAUACAAACUAAUUUCAACAAGACUUCUGAAUGGCUCCCAUCCCCCGUUCAGCCUCAUUUCAUUGUUCAGUGUAUUAUCUGCGUGAAAAGUGUGCUAUUUAAUCAUUAGUUUGUAUUUUAUAGACUGAAAAGUACUGUUUUUUCCCCAUCUAAUUAUGGUGAAUUUAUAUAAUUGGAAAUUUUGAACCCUAAUUCAUUAAGGUACAGUUUUACUGUAACACUUUGAAAAUGUAAAAGUAGUUACUAAUGACAAAAAAUUUUAGUAAAGUUGAAUUGUUAAUAAUUGGUUUCUUAUUAUUUUUCUGCAAGCUGAGGUCAGAGUAUCUUUUCUAUGUAGUCUUUCUUCCAUUCACACCUCUUUAGUCAGGGGCUUUGCAGACUUCAAGGACAUUAAUUUUGUUACAUUCCACCCUCAUCUUGCUAAAGUAAGGAGGGAGGAAGCAGGACAAGAAACUUGAUUGAAAUUCAUUAAAUGUAACAAUUUAGAUUGUCAUUUUCACAGCAUUCUGUUUUCAACCACCUCUUUGGAGAAGUAAACAACAUUAGCUGGUCAAUAUGUAUCAAAACACCCUUUUACCUAGCAAUCCUAGCUUAGGAGAGUGUAGAAAAAGUGAGACAGAUCACACACUAAGAUGUUUAUAUUGAAUUUCUAAGAAAGGAAAUAGGGACUUCCGGCCAAGAUGGAGGCGUAGGUACAAACAUUGUGCCUCCUCGCACAACCAAGUUUAAAGACAACAAAGUUUUUGUAACAAAAAUGCAACCAAAACAGAGAAAAUUGAAAUGUAUGGAAGUCUGACAACAAUGAACCAUUCAGCCAGACUGAUAAAAGGGGUGGAGUCAGUGGCUGGCAGAGCAGGAUCACCAGGAAAAAUC